AUGACCCACAAGCCGUGGCAAAGCGACGAGUUUGUCCUGUUCGAGGAGAGACAGGCCAUCAAGUGCAAGUUCUUCAAGAAGGGCAACUUCACCGUCACACUCGCUCCGGGCUACCAGGGCAUUCCCGAAAACCUCGUCAUCAACCUGGUUAUGUGGGUGGGCCUCAUCACGCUGUACAGCGUACUGAACCGAACUGCGAAGAACUACAGCAGGCUGGCCUUACUACACAAGGAUGACCAGAAGUGGUCUCAGCUUAUAUACGGAAACAGAAGCGACCAGCAGGAUGAUGAGAGCCUCGAGUCUCUGGAGACGAUCAUCCGACACGAAACCGGUUUGCUCAGCUGGGUGUGGUCGAUUUUCCUGAUCAAGGAUAGACACAUCCUCAAGAAGAACGGACCGGACGCCGUGCAGUACCUGACCUUUCAGCGGCACAUCAUCGUGUUCGUACUCAUCGUGUGCCUCCUCUGCGUCGGCCUCAUCCUGCCCAUACAUGUGUUCGGCGACAUAGAAGGAGACGCGAGGAAAUUUGUUCAUACUACCCUCAACAACAUGGAUCCAAACGCGUCGAGCCUGUGGGUGCACGUGAUCCUCAGUUUCCUGUUUCUGCCGCUGGGCGUACUCUUCAUGCGUCACUUCUCGGCCAAGCUGCACAUCAGGCCAGAAGAGAGCCGGGUCAGUCGGACUCUGAUGAUCGUGGGCGUUCCGCGCAAGAGCUGCCACGCCGAUGUUUUUCGGCAGCAUUUCAGGGAAGCCUACCCAGAAUGCGUCAUCCAGGACAUAAAGUUCGCCUACGACAUUCGGGAACUGGUGGUGCUGGACAGCAACAGGGAAGUAUCGACACAAGCGCGGAUGUGGUGCGAGAACCAUAUCAACGCUACCGGAAAGAGGCCCAAGAUGCGUCCCUACCAGUUCAGCCGCCUGUGGAUCUUCGGAGACGCAUGCGGUUGCAAGAUGGUGGACGCCUUGGACUACUACUCCCGCGAGGAGAGCGAGUACCUGCGCGAGGUGGAGAAGGAGCGAGCCAACGCCCUCGAGCGGCCCGUCGGUUUCGUGUUCGUCACCUUCGAGACCGAGGAGAUGGCCAUGAUGGUCUGCAAGGACUACCGAUCGCAGUGCCAGUGCUACGCCACGACGCCUUCCUCAAGCGUGAGCAAAGAGCUCAAGUCCAACUCCUGGAAGGUCGUCUUUGCUCCACCUCCCAGCGACAUUUUCUGGGAAAACCUGUCCAUCGGCAAGUGGGCCUGGUACAUUCGUUCCUUCUUCAUCAACUUCGUGCUCUUCCUUAUCCUCUUCUUUCUAACUACACCGUUCAUCAUCGUGUCAAACCUGGAACACAUAUUCCCCUCAGCUGAGCACCUGAACCCGUUCUUGUCAAAGUUCCUGCCGACCAUGAUGCUAUGGCUUGUCGCCGCCGCGAUGCCGGCCAUGGUCACGAUGUCUGACGUUUUUAUCGCCCACUGGACCAGUGCUGAAGUACUGGUUUCCUGGGUACUGAAGCCGACCAAUGAAACGCACUUGUGGAAGUGCCUGUACCUUCCAGACAGCGGCGCUUUCUUCAUCAACUACGUCGUGACGUCAUCCUUCGUCGGCACCACGAUGGAGCUGAUUCGAUUCCCGCAGCUGUGCCUCUUCAUUCUUUACACGUUUAUGUCGCGCUCCAAGGCUGAAACAUUCGCAGUGCAGCGGGCAUCACUGUUCGAGUUUCACUUCGGCGUCCAUUACGCGUGGUACCUGCUGAUAUUCGCGAUCACCAUGAUCUACAGCCUAUCCUGCCCACUCAUCGUGCCCUUCGGUCUGAUCUACCUCUGCUUCAAGCACAGCGUGGACCGCUACAACAUCUAUUUCGUGUACACUCCGUCGAAGACGAACAAAUACAUCCACGCGACGGCCAUCGAUUUCGUCGUAGGCUCCCUGAUUUUGCUGCAAUUUACGCUCGCCAUAUUCUUCUACCUAAGGACCGGAAACAGCAACGUGACUGUGGCGACAUGCAUUAUAGCCCUAAUGUCGUUCCUCAUGUUCCUCGGACAAGCCAUGAUGAAGUGCUUUCGUGAUUUCGGACCUAUAAAAUACGCGGCUGCCAAACGCAAGACCUAUGGCGCGAGGCCCAGCCCUCGCAAGCUGUCCACCGUCACUGUGGCCCCGAAGCCCGCCAUCAAGAAAAAAGGGCAGCAACGCCAUGCCUAUGCCGGGCCCUCCAUCGCCGACAGCCAUGGAGGCCCAUUCCCGGGCAGUUCCCCCAUGCCGGAGGCCAUUCCUCUGACUGCUAUGGACACUCGGGCGGAGCCGGUUGACGUAGUGGAGCUCCUCAAAGUUCGGAGGAUCUGCUCCCUCAACAUUAACUCCAAGCUCCUCACGGAUAACACUUGUGUUGGGGUCGUCUACGAGGUAGACAUCGACUUAGACGCCACUGACAUCGUACCAAACAUCACCUCGGCCGUCCCAGUCCUGUCCUGCGUGCGCCAUGGCAGGUGCCUCACUAUCACCUUUGAGGGAACCACUGUACCAGAGGAGAUGUUCCUCUUGAAACUGCGCAGGCUGGUCCACCCGCGCCUGCCUCGGCCGCUGCAAUGCGCCCGUUGCAGCCGUUUUUGUUCUGCCACCUACACCUGCUCGUGCGACGAGCGCUGUCUCCGUUGUGGCGGCGGUCAUGCGAACAGACCGUGCCCUUCAGAGCACCAUCGCUGCAUCUAUUACAGCGGCAAACGUUCAGUCAACAAGCCGUGCUGCCCCUCCUGGCAGAUCCAGCGCAAGGCAACCGUCAUCAUCGCCUCUUUGGAGGCCCCCAUGACGUGCCGUCAAGCGUUAGAGAAGGACACGACCGCUGUCAACAACAUCGACAAGCGCGAUAGCGUGGUGGUCGUUAAGGGUCGCUCUUUCCACGACACUGUCGUCGCUGGUGACUGA